AGAUUUUUUCUUAAAGACUGUUUCUCUAAAAGGCAAGUUUGUGAUUUUAACACUUUUUACUGACACUCGGCAGAUUUGUGUGUCAAUCACUUUGUAACAAAUGUAUUUUCUUAAAGACUGUGACUCUAAAAAGGCACGUUUUGUGAUUUUAACACUUUUGUACUGGCACUAUGCAGAUUUUGUUUUUUCUCUCGUUGUUUUUCUCUUCCUUGUGGAUACAGUUUUACGUUGGUCAACUUUAUAACUGGUAGAAAGUUAAGUGCUUUUUCUGAACACAUUUUCUUAAAGAAUCAAACUCUAAAUGGAAAGUUUGUGAUUUUAACACUUAUUUACUGACACUAGGCAGAUUUUGGCUUUUUUCUCUUUUCUUGUGUUACUAAGAUACUUUUAGAUACACUUUGAUGUAUGCAACACUUAACAACUGGUAGAAUAUGAAGUAAUUUGUAAGGAAUUCAGUUUUCUUUUAAUGGCCUAGGCAGAUUUUGGCUUUUUUCUCUUGCCAAGAUACUUUUGGACACACUUUGAGGUAUGCAAAACCUUAAAACUCGAAAUGAAGUACAUUGUAUGAUUAGAUUUUUUCAUAAAGACUGUUUCUCUAAAAGGUAAGUUUGUGAUUUUAACACAUUUUUAUUGACACUCGGCAGAUUUGUAUGUAAUUCUCUCACAAAGGAACUGUAAGAUACACUUUUUUAUGUAUGCAAAACCUUAAACAUUUUUUAAACCAAGAUACUUUUGUGAUACACUUUUAUGUAGGAGCAUUGUACAACUGGUAGAAUGUCAAUCACUUUGUAACAUUUUAUUUUCUUAAAGACUGUGACUCUAAAUGUGAGGAAUUGCGGUAUCUCCUUCUCCUUUUUUCUGUUUGUUUGUCUAUCUGUUUGUCUGUCUUCCUGGCUGGGCGUGGUUGACCUAUUUUCCGUUUUCCGCCAACUCACCUCCGCUCCUGUUUCUCAUCGUCAACUGAUUACUGAUCAUCAGACUUCGCCAGUUCUUCGUAUACUCACAGUGAAACUCCACAUUCCAUUCUGUCCUGCCUGCCACGUCCAGCCCAACCUCCAUCUCAGCCCUGCUCCAAGUUCUCCCCACUCUGUUCAGAGUUUGCUUUGUCCCCUGCCUGGUUUUUGUGGACUUAUUAAAUCCAGUCUUUUUGACACUUCACCUAAGUCUCCGUCCCAGUGUUCUUGCAUAGCGGGUUCAAGUUUUGUGUCUCUUUAGGAGCUUAACAGAAGAACUGGCCAAAAAUGAACCCCGCAUGAUCCGGAGCGGAUUCUACCCCAAUCCUUCAUCCCCUGUCAAGUCAGGGUUCCAUGGCUCAUCAUGUCUCCGAGUUGGCGUGCCAGAUCUCCGCUCUCACUACCUCGACGGUAGCAUCUCAGGCCACUCCCAGUCCAGCUCCUUUGCCCUCUCCUCGCCAGGAUUUUCCUAUCACUGAUCCUGAGCCAUUUCACGGAGAUGUGGAGAAAUGCAGAGGUUUUUUGUUUCAAUGUAACAAGGUUUUUCGCCAGCGUCCUGUUGCAUUUGCUGCUGAAGCAAUGAGGAUCAAUUUUGUUUUGGGGUUGCUCCGCGGUAGAGCUUUAACCUGGGCAGAGGCUUUAAACUCUUCGGUGGAUUUUGACACUCUACGUUUUGAGAGCUUCUCUGAUCGGUUCUCAGCUGUUUUUGUUCAUCCCAACUCCUCUGGCUCCGCCGAGAAUAAGCUGCUUAGCCUGCAACAAGGAAGCCGGACAGUGGCUGAUUACUCCAUUGAGUUUCACACACUCGCUGCAGAGGCUCGAUGGGACGAGGCGGCUCUCAAGGCGGUGUUUUUGAGAGGAUUAAGGGACCAGCUUCGGGACGAAUUGGCAGCACGAGACGUUCCAGCGGAUCUCUCAAAGCUGAUUUCCUUAGUGUCUCGUUUGGACGGUCGUCUGCGGGAGCGCCGAGCUGAGCGGACACGGAGGGAUUCACCAGCCUCACUCAGAUGACAGGACCAGUGCAGGAUUCACACAGGCUUUCUGUGAAAACAUGGACAGAGGACGAGAGUGAGCGAGCUGACAGCACACUCAGCAGAGCACAGUCAAUGUGUGAUGACACUUCUUCGGAGCUUCAGAGAAUGGCGGCCAUUGAAAGAAGAGACAUUCAUUCCCAGAAUUCCUUGCAAGGGCGAGGUGCUCUAUCCAGGAUAGUGAGUAUGGUUAUGACUCUGAGAGAAUGGGCCCAUAAGAGUUUGGCAGAAGAGACCGAGCGUCCCGAUUCCUUCUUGGAGCGUUUCAGAGGCCCCGCCAACACGGACGAACAAGCCCCGCCCAGCAGGUUCAGCCACAGCCAAAAUGGUUCUGAUGCAGAUCAUGAAAUCAGACGCUCCAGACGCAUGAGGAGGAAGUGUAAAGUGGAGGUCUUAUCACCAUCUGAUGACGUCUACUACCACUGGCUGAUUGUGAUUGGUGCUGCUGUUUUUUAUAACUGGACCCUACUGGUUGUCAGGGCCUGUUUUGAUGAGCUCCAGAUGAGGAAUGUGAUGGUGUGGCUGGUACUGGACUACGUCUGUGAUGGAGUCUAUAUCUUGGAUAUAGCUGUUCGUCUCCACACAGGUUUCUUGGAUCAAGGCUUGAUGGUAAAAGACAUGCGGCGUCUGAGAGAAUCCUACAUUCAAACCUUGCAGUGUAAGCUUGACAUUUGCUCCAUCCUCCCAACCGACCUCCUGUACCUGGCUGUUGGGAUGAGCUAUACUCCUCUUCUUCGAUUCAACCGCCUGCUGCGUCUGUCACGUCUGUUCGAGUGGUUUGAACGUACAGAAACACGAACGGGCUACCCCAACGCUUUCCGCAUCUGUAAGCUGGUUCUGUACAUCCUGGUGAUCAUCCACUGGAACGCCUGUGGAUACUACAGCUUUUCCAAGGUCCUUGGAUUGGGAUCUGACUCUUGGGUUUAUCCCAAUGCAUCUGAUCCGGAGUUUGGCACCCUGACCAGAAGUUACAUAUACUGUCUGUACUGGUCCACUCUGACGCUGACCACCAUUGGAGAGACUCCUCCUCCAGUUAGAGAUGAGGAAUAUUUGUUUCUGAUUUUUGACUUUCUGGUUGGUGUUCUGAUUUUUGCCUCCAUUGUGGGUAAUGUUGGAGCCAUGAUCUCCAAUAUGAACGCCACAAGAACAGCCUUUCAGAGCCGCGUUGACACCUUGAAACACUACAUGCAAUUCAGGCAUGUAAGCAAGGUGCUAGAGCAGCGCGUCAUUCGUUGGUUUGACUACCUCUGGACCAAUCAAAAGACAAUAGAUGAACAGGAAGUGCUGCACAGCCUGCCCAAUAAACUGAGAGCUGAGAUUGCUAUUAAUGUUCACCUGGACACACUGAAGAAGGUGCGCAUUUUCCAAGACUGUGAGGCAGGUCUCCUCGUAGAACUUGUUUUAAAACUUCGACCACAGGUUUUCAGUCCUGGAGACUACAUCUGUAGGAAGGGUGAUGUGGGUAAGGAGAUGUACAUCAUUAAAGAUGGCCAGCUGGCAGUGGUGGGGGAGGAUGGAGUCACCCAGUUUGCUGUUCUGACAUCAGGAAGCUGUUUCGGGGAAAUCAGCAUCUUGAACAUCAGCGGCAGCAAGAUGGGGAACCGUCGUACGGCUAACAUCCGCAGUCUGGGAUACUCAGACCUCUUCUGCCUUUCAAAACAAGACCUGAUGGAGGCCCUUCAGGAGUUCCCCCAUGCCAGGGCCCAGCUAGAGCAGAGGGGGCGGGACAUCCUGCAGAAGGAGGGGCUUCUGGAGGAAGUGAAUGUGUCUGCAGGGGAGGAGCUUGAAGAGAAGGUGGAGAGGCUGGAAACCAGUCUGGACCGGCUACAGACGUGUUUGGCCCGUCUGCAGAGUGAGUUCAACUCUUCCCAGCUUCGACUAAAACAGCGGAUCACAAACCUCGAAACCAACGUCACCACAGUGUGCACAGGCAGCGGCUUCCUGUCAGACGGAAACGAGAGUGUUUUCGGUGACGGUGUGCGCAGUGAAAUCAACAUCCGGCUCUGAAAGAGAGACUAGGAAAAUAUAUGGGAAUAGAACAAAGAAUAUCACAAAAUACUUACUGCGUUUUUUGUUAACCUGUUAAGCCCGAGAGACUUUGGUACCGGGGCCCUCCU